UUGUAUGUGUGGAUUUUAAACAUGAACCCAAACAUGAAAUCGACGAUGUCACGGAUUCCGAUCAGAAAUUGAUUUCUCCGAAUUUGAAACUGGGUUUUUUUAGAGUCUCUACCGAGAAACGAAUCAAUAGAGGAGCCAUUACGUAAGGGAUAUAGUAGGAAGAUUAAGGCUAGAGUUUUUAAUAUAUCUUUAUUAGAAUUUCUGGAUUUACAAGCAAGGUAUUUCUUAUAUUGACUUGGAUGAUGGAUUCUGAUGAAUACAAGUUUCGGCCUAAUAGGAAGUAUCAGGGAUUAGCAGUGGUGGUUGUAAACUUUACAAAGGAAAGAAGUGGCUCCGUACAGGAAAUUAUGCACCUUAGGAUAACGUUCGAAUUACUGGGAUUUAAAGUUAAAAUCUAUACAGAUCUCACCAAGAAAGAGUUUAACAAAGUAGUAGUCAAAUAUGCUACAGGUGAUAAACUAAAAGAUUAUGACAGCUUUGUGUUUGCAGUCAGUACACAUGGGUGUGAACAAGAGAAAGUUGAGAAUGAUAUUGUAGUCCACCAUCAUGCCCUGCUAAUGAAUGACGGCCAAUACUAUUAUACCUCCACAGUUCUGGAAAAGUUCAGGGACUGUAAAGCACUGGAAGCUAAACCAAAGAUGUUCUUCGUCCAAGCUUGUAGAAUUCCUAUAAGUAAGACUUCUGAAAUAUACAAGGCUCUGGGUUUUGGAUUUUCUGAAGGUGUCACAGUGCAUGUUGAUCACGCGGAACCGCCUCAAAAGAAAAGAAAACCUGACAAGACGGAUAAUCAAGACUUAGAUUCUGAUCCAAAGAGUUUAUCACCGAUGGAUACUAAUGUUGCUGAUACUGCAAUGGCAUCUCGCUCUGGUGCCGAUAAGAAAGGGGAUACCAGGACUAGUUCUGAAAAGGCUUUAUCAGACUCCCAAGCAGCAACAGAAAUAAUGGAAUCGGGUGACAAAGCAGAUACUCGGGAAUCAGGUGACAAAACAGAUACUCGGGAAUCAGGUGACAAAACAGAUACUCGGGAAUCAGGUGACAAAACAGACGAAUCCGGUGACGACGUAGACCCUGCUCGUGGCAUUCGAUAUCUACCACCACAACCUGCACUCCACGUCACAUCAGUUCCCUGUUACAAUGAUAUGCUGAUCGUGUUUGCUUCUCCUGCAGGACACUAUGCAUUUCGAAAUACAAUAACGGGCAGCUAUUUGUGGAAAUACUUAUACGAUUCCGUAAUAACUGAGUACAAUGGAGGUCGGCUAAACAAAAAUAGAACCAACUUCCUGUAUGUACUAAAUGAUGUAGCAGCCAGGAUGUCCGCCACUGAUUUCGGUGAAGGCGGGAAGUACAAAAAUGUUACAUGUUUUGUUCACAAACUCUCCAAAGAUAUCAUUUUUUCAAAAGGAGAAAAAAUGUGACGAAGUGUUAUUUUGUCUGUGUGUUUUACAGAUAUUUGGAAGAUACAAAUUAUUUUGUUUUAAAUAUAGUUCACCAUUCCUGUAUAAUUCACUUUGAAAUAUUACUACUCAUAAAUGUAUAAACUCUUUAACAGUUAAAUAAUUUUGAUUAUUUCAUUAGAAUGAAUCCUUAUUUAAGGGACAUAAAAAUAUACGUAUACAUGGCAACGGGUGUUCGAGGUUCCAAAUUCCAUGU